AUGUGGUCAGCGUGGGGGUGCACGGGUCGUUUGGGGGGGGGCGGUGGGUUUUGUGGUCAGCUGUGGGGGUCCGGGCAAUGGGGGGUGAUGUGGUCAGCUGUGGGGGUCCGGCAAUGUGGGGGUGUGUGUCUGCUGGGGGGGUCGGGCAAUGUCGGGGGUGGAUGUGGUCAGCUGUGGGGGUCGGGCAAUGUGGGGGUGAUGUGGUCAGCUGUGGGGGUCCGGGGCAAUGUGGGAGGUGAUGUUGUCAGCUGUGGGGGUCCGGGUGUUGGUGGGGGGUGA